CCCUUUCGACGUGUUUAACAUAAAACUUAAGCUAUUCCAACACUGCGCUGAGGUGGUACAUAAGUAUAUAUGUUUUUUUUUUUUUUUUUUUGCCUUUUCUUUUCUCUCUCGCUUAGCUAUGUUAUUACAAAAUAGCAUCUCCUUCGUUAUGCCAUGAUAUAAUUAAACAUCCGUCAGGAAUUCGAAAUCGGCAUUUUUUUUCUUUUGCAAAAAUUUGUUUUUUUUUUUUUAACUGUUUAGCUGAACAGAAAUCCCUUUUCGCAUCUUCAGCCCCCUGUGGAAAACCAUGUAUAAAAAGGUAUACGUAAUCGACUGCAAGGGACACCUGCUGGGAAGGUUGGCCUCGAUAAUCGCCAAGGAGCUUCUGAACGGCCAGAGGGUAGUCGCCGUGAGGUGCGAAGAUAUAAACAUAUCGGGCAGCCUUUACAGAAACAAACUCAAGUACCAGGAAUUUCUAAGGCUGCGAACGAACACGAACCCUAAGAAGGGACCCCUACAUUUGAGAGAGCCCUCCAAAAUCUUGUGGAGAUGUGUAAGAGGAAUGCUACCACAUAAAACGUACAAGGGAAAAAUUGCCCUUAAAAAACUGAAGGUAUUCGUAGGCAUGCCAUACCCAUAUGAUAAAAAGAAAAAGUACGUCCUACCAAGUGCUUUGAGAGCAUUCAGAUUGAAGAAGCACAGAAGAUACUGUCGUCUGGGAACGUUAAGUUCGAGAGUGGGUUGGAACUACGACGAAUUGGUGAAGAAAAAUGAAAUAUCAAGAAAAAAGCUGAGCAAGUUAUAUUACAAAAAGAAGGUGAGUGUGUUGAAUGAGAAGAAGGAGUUAAAGACGGAGGCGCUGAAUAUGAUAAAUCCUGAGGAGCGCAAGGUGUUAGAAAAUUUUGGCUACGCGUAGGGAGCAAGGCAGCAUGAUGCGAGUGUGCGCUGUGUGUACGGGAGGGCAGUCUGCAUGCAGCACCACGUAUGUUACGUGCGUGCGCUUGUACACGGGUGCGCAGUUUGUGUGUGCGCAUGUGCGUGUGUAUUUUUUUUUUUUUUUUUUUCAUUUUGCAUGCCACCUAUCACCGAGAGAGAUUAAAAAGGGAAAGGAACUCUUUUUUGGCCAACGGGACCGAAGUUUUUACCAACGCAGGUGUAUCUAUAUGCUGUAUAUCUUUAUGUAUGUGCAUCCCUGGACUUGACCGGCACAACUGACCCACCUCAUAUGCCAGUGGAAAAUUCCUUUUAAAUAAUCUUUUAAAAAUAAUUAAGUAGC